AAAUCUAUGGAAUAUGGAGUCUGUGGUGGCUAACUGGAAAUUGUUUUCAGAAAUGGAGUAUUUUUUUUUAGUUUUUUGUAAACUAUACCCAGUGAAUUUGGAAUAAAGAAUAAGAAAAUUAAGAUAUUAAGUGAUAAUAUUGUAGUGUAAAAACCUUAACGAUAUAUAGGAUAUAAUAAUUCUGGUACAAUAAUUUCCUUACUGGGUAACAGUGUGUAAGCUGCACUAAACAGAGAUUAUAUUUAAUAUCAAAAUACUUUUCGCUUAAUUACAUAAUUAUAAAGUAGGUUGGAAAAUGGCCCUUCCCGCAAACUACAAACAAGUAGCUAUUCAGAUGCCAAGUCCUCAAACAUCAAAUCAUUUGCUGUCGGCUGGCGCGCCCAUGACUUUCAACAUUUUGAAAGAGAGAUUAAGAGCUUCAGGAGGAUCGAGCUCCACUUCAAGCAAAGAAACAAAUCCAUUUGUUUCAACUCCAAAUGGGAAUCCAGGAUUUGUGCCACAGAAAAUCGGUAAAAGUGCCACAAAGAGCGAAUCUAAAACACUAAAACCACCAAAGGCGCCAGAGAAACCGCUUAUGCCAUACAUGAGGUAUAGUCGAAAAGUUUGGGAUACUGUGAAAGCUCAAAACUCUGACUUGAAGUUAUGGGAAAUCGGGAAGAUCAUUGGUCAGAUGUGGAGGGACCUUCCUGAGGAUCAGAAAACAGAGUUCGUAGAAGAAUAUGAAACUGAAAAGCUGGAAUAUGAGAAAACAUUAAAAAAUUAUCACAAUUCCCCUGCUUACUUGGCAUAUAUAGCAGCUAAAAACAAAGGAAAAACAGUUGCACAAGGGCCCGAUGGAGAGACUCACGAAAGGUCAACUAGUUCAUCCAAGCAACAAGCCGCUGCGGACAGGCGGAUCGAAAUUCAACCUGCCGAAGAUGAAGAUGACCAAGAUGAUGGGUAUUCAGUUAAGCAUGUUGCUUACGCACGAUACCUACGGAACCAUCGCUUGAUCAAUGAGAUAUUUUCCGAAUCGGUGGUGCCCGAUGUUAGGUCUGUCGUGACUACAAACCGUAUGCAGGUUUUGAAAAGGCAAGUGCAGUCAUUGACAAUGCACCAAAAGAAACUGGAGGCUGAGCUGCAGCAAAUAGAAGAAAAAUUUGAAGCAAAGAAAAGGAAGUUCAUUGAGAGCAGUGAACAAUUUCAGGAGGAGUUGAAAAAGCACUGUAAACAAGCUGUAGACGAGGAUACUUUUCAAAAGAUGGUUGAGAGGCAGUAUGACAUUUUGAAAAAAGAGAGGAAUAAAAUACAGGAAGAGACAAAAGGCAAGGUUGAUGAAAACUUAUCGGAAAACUCCAACAAUUCUAACUCUUCUGGUCCUGUGCAGGAAAAUGGACAGCCUCGAUCAGAGCACAUGGAACAAGAACCCGAGAAAACGGAGCCUCUCCCGCAGCCACCCCCAACCUCUAAUGGUCCUUCGCCUCACGUGGAACCACACAAGCCACCACUCGAUCCACAUCCUUACCCACCACAUCCCGAUCACCCCCAACAACACCCACCGCCUCAACCACCUCACCCUAAUGAACCACAACCGCAUCCUAUGCACCCACACGCUCCUCCACCCCAUAAUAUGCCACCUAAUCAACCAAUUCACCAUCCAUCGGGCAUCCCUCCAAACGUACCCUGUCCGAGUAUUGGACAAGGACACGGACCAGUACUGCCGCACAUGCAGCCUAAUCAAAACACAGCACACCCUCCCACAGCACAGGCCCCUCCGCCUCAUCAGAACCCAAUGAUGCCACCGGCCCAGGUACCUCAGUAUCAGCAGCAGUACCAACCGCAAGGCCCAAACCCUCAAUCAGUUCCACUGCCACCGAGGCCUCCUCAUCCAGGCUAUGGUCCAUACCCUCCACAGCAAGGCUAUCCCCCACAUCCUCAGGGUUAUCCGGGCCCUGGCCAGUACCCUCCACACGGAUAUUACCACCAAGGCUAUCCACAGUAUCCACCCCACGGGAACAGAGGCCAUCCCUAUCCUCCUCACGGAGCAACACCACCAGAAGGUCAACAGAUGCCAGCAGAUGGUUCCAUCAUGCCUCCUCAAUUGUAUGGGGGCGCUGCACCAGCAGAGGCCGAUAGGAUGCCGGGUAUGAUGCCUGAUGACGGCCAUUUAGGGGAUGAUGUCAAGAAUGAUCCAAAAGGUCAGUCGGAAAAAGAAGAUAAAUAAAGUGUUUUUACAAUUUGCACAUGUUUAAUAUUUUCCUAGUGUAGUUUGGUUGGAUGAUUAUUUAUAAUAAGUAUUAGCCUUUCUUUUUCAAUUUUUAUAGCAAAAAUAAUUAGUUCUAUCACGAAAAUGAAUAAACCAUUUUUUUAUUA